ACAAAUACAGUUUUGGAGAAAAAACAAGAAAAUCAGGCAGUAAGGCACACUAUUGAAAUCGGUUCGAGGGACCUUCACUGACUAGACUAACUCACUGAAAGAUCACCGUAGAUCGCUCUGCCAGUCUCAACUUCACUACCCUUAAACAACCUGGUUGUAUGGAGAACCCAGGUCUAAAUCACCGUCCUGAUGUAGAUUCACUGUCAGAUGGUUUUGUUGAAAGCUCUGCAGAAACUCAAACACCUUCGACACAGAAUUUUGAAGAAGCAGAGCCAUUAGAUUGCCAACAAAUUUUGUUACCAGAAUCUGAUCUUUCCAAUGAUCAAAGGCAUGAGAUCAUGGAAAAUGUUGAAACUGAGAAAUGUAGUUCAGAGAAUACUCAAAAGUUGGAAACUUUAACUGUUGCUUCAUCUGAAACGGAAAAAUUCAAUAAUUUGGAGAGUUUAGAAAAGAUAGCUGGUAAGGGUUGUAUGGAACUAGCAGAAACUGACAUUCUUAAUGUAAAAGAAUCUUCUGAUGAGGCUGCAAUUGACGAGUCUGGCUGCCGAAAAUUAAAAGGAGAAGCUCAAGUCGAGUCUCAAAGUUCAGACAAGGCCACUGGUGUCGGGUUAGAUGCAUCGAUGGCACAUGAGAAGGAAAUGUCUGUGACAAAGGUUGUUCAAACUACGAAAAAUGAAAGUGCUGAACUCAAACGAAAGAAUCCAAAGCGUACAUUUAAGUCAGAAAAGGAGUUUCUUGAAUUUACUUUAAAGUAUCAGCAAGUUCUUGCAGAAAGAGAUUCAGCUAUUGUUGUCCGGGACAAGCUGGAAUCACUAUGCAGGGAGUUGCAACGUCAAAAUAAAAUGCUAAUGGACGAAUGCAAACGGGUCUCAACUGAGGGACAAAGCCUCAGAACAGAGUUGUCAGUUAAGUUUCAAGAUGCAAUCAAGGAUGUUAGCAAGAAGCUAGAAGAGCAAAAGAAUGAAUGCCUUGCACAGCUGAAAGAGAAUGAAACCUUAAGGAAUAAACUGAAGCAGCUUGUUGAUCAGUUUUCUCUUUCCGAACAGCAAUUUGCACAGAAGUUGAAGCAGAAAACGCUUGAACUUCAGCUUGCUGAUCUGAAAACUAAGCAAUGUGAGGAGAAAUUGAUUCAGGAACAAACUCAAAUGAAAGUAUAUGCAGAGCAAAUUUCACAUUUAUUGUCAACAGAAAAGAAUCUGCGUUUACAACUAACAGCCGAUGGAGAAAAAUUUCAGCAAUUCCAAGAUGCAUUAGUAAAGAGCAAUGACGUAUUUGAAACCUUCAAACAAGAAAUUGAGAAGAUGACGAAAUCCAUCAAGGAACUCAAGAAGGAAAAUUCAUUCCUGAAGAGCAAAUGUGAGAAAUCGGAUGUUACUCUUAUUGAGCUUCUUGAUGAGCGGGAGGGCUUGAAGAAACAGCUGGAGAAAACGAAGAAACAGAAAGAAAAGCUCGAAUCCUUGUGUCGAUCGCUUCAGGCGGAAAGGAAGCAAAGUUCCAUGGGAAGCAAUACCUCUGAUUCAACUUCUUUGUGAAGUCUAACCUAUUCUGUAAAAUAUGAUUUGCUUGAGAGGAUUUCAAUACACUAACUCUUAUAAUUUACUGUCUUUAAGCUGAGGAAUUAGUUAUGUUAUUAUUUUAAGAUUACCAUGUCCAUCACUGUCAGCUUUUCUAGGAUUAAAAAUGAAUUUUAUUGUAGAAAAAAAACGAAAAAGAAGAAGAAGAAAGUCUCUUGUUUCUAAUGAACUUGGAUUGAGUUGAAGCUGAGGAGAGUAUGUUGAAAGUAACAUUUUGUAAAUUUCUAUUUGAGGCUUGACAUAUUGAGCUCCUCUCUGUGUCCAA